GGUCACUAAAGCCCAGGCGGUUCACCCAGUCCCAACACAGCUUCGCUUAAAAGAACAUCAGAGCAAACAGAACAGGGCUUUUAAAACAGGCAAACAAAUGCCACACACUGCCUAAAGGAGGGCCGGGAGGGGUUAAGGAGGAUUGGAUCCAAGUGAGUUUGAAGGGAAUAAAAAGGGAAAAAGAACAAGUUUUCCUCAAGCUAGCUUGAGAGCACAAGCGUCGCGAACGAAGGCUUUUGUGCAUGCUAAUUGCUCCAUUUGUGCGCAAAAGUUCCGACGCGAAGUGUGAACUCUCAACAGAAGGAAACAUGAGACACUGAAGUGCCCUGGUUUUUGUGGCCUGCUCCUCCUCCACCACCGCCUCCUCUUCUUUCUCCUUCCUCCCGCCGAGCCCGCUGUUGCAGCUUGUUUGCACUGGGGCUUAUCCGGAGCGGAAAUUCCUUUCCGUUUUUGUGAAUGACAAACUCAUUAACAAUUCAUCAACACAACCUGUUCCAGCCGGCCCGUCCCCACGGCAACAGCCCCUUCCGCAGCGCGCUCAUUGGCUGGCCGAGAGAAUGUAUCCAUUGAGACGCUCGCUGUUUGUAUCCAUUGAGGAGCUGCCUCGCGCUGGGGGUGUGCUCGAGCUGAGUGAGUCCUAGGAACAAAUCCAGGUUUGAAUAAUCCGGAGAGAAAGACAGCGGGGUAGAUUUGAGGUGCAGCCUUGGAGGGAGGGAUUAAGAGCCGCUGGGGAUUUUGUGUUUGUUUGUUGUUUUUUUUUCCCUUCCUCUCUCAGUGGCUUAGAGUCCGAAUUAAUUGGAUUUCAUUCACUGGGGAGGAACAAAACUGAGCAGCUUCAUUGAGGGACGUUCAUUGACUCCUAGAGCGAACGGCUGCAGCCGGUGCAUUGGGACCGCCGGCUUCCCUCCGCUAGGGUAAGGCGAGGCGGUAUUAGAUCCCGCCCGGAGAGCGGCGGCUUGGUGCAGCGGCGCGCUCAGCCUAUGCCUGCCCGGAGGGGCGUCUGGUAGGCAAUCCGCCCUCGUUCCGCAGCCUCGACCCCCAUGAUAGAUACGCUCAGACCCGUGCCCUUCGCGUCGGAAAUGGCGAUCAGCAAGACCGUGGCGUGGCUCAACGAGCAGCUGGAACUGGGCAACGAGCGGCUACUGCUGAUGGACUGCCGACCCCAAGAACUGUACGAGUCGUCGCACAUCGAAUCGGCCAUCAACGUGGCCAUCCCGGGCAUCAUGCUGCGGCGCCUGCAGAAGGGCAAUCUGCCGGUGCGCGCACUCUUCACGCGCGGCGAGGACCGGGACCGCUUUACCCGGCGCUGCGGCACCGACACGGUGGUGCUGUACGACGAGAACAGCAGCGACUGGAACGAGAACACGAGCGGCGAGUCUGUGCUCGGGCUGCUGCUCAAGAAGCUCAAGGACGAGGGCUGCCGGGCUUUCUACCUGGAAGGUGGCUUCAGUAAGUUCCAAGCGGAGUUUGCCCUGCACUGCGAGACCAAUCUAGACGGGUCAUGUAGCAGUAGCUCGCCUCCACUGCCAGUGUUGGGGCUCGGAGGCCUGCGGAUCAGCUCCGACUCUUCCUCAGACAUCGAGUCUGACCUUGACCGAGACCCCAAUAGUGCAACGGACUCGGAUGGCAGCCCGCUGUCCAACAGCCAGCCUUCCUUCCCUGUGGAGAUCUUGCCCUUCCUAUACUUGGGUUGUGCCAAGGACUCUACCAACUUGGACGUGUUGGAGGAAUUCGGCAUCAAGUACAUCUUGAAUGUCACCCCCAACUUACCCAAUCUCUUUGAGAACGCAGGAGAAUUCAAAUACAAGCAAAUUCCGAUCUCGGAUCACUGGAGCCAAAACUUGUCCCAGUUCUUCCCUGAGGCCAUUUCUUUCAUAGAUGAAGCCCGGGGCAAAAACUGUGGUGUCUUGGUGCAUUGCUUGGCGGGCAUCAGCCGCUCAGUCACUGUGACCGUGGCUUAUCUUAUGCAGAAGCUCAAUCUCUCCAUGAAUGAUGCUUAUGACAUUGUCAAGAUGAAGAAAUCCAACAUCUCCCCUAACUUCAACUUCAUGGGCCAGUUGCUAGACUUCGAGAGGACCCUGGGACUCAGCAGCCCCUGUGACAACCGGGUGCCAGCACAGCAGCUCUACUUCACCACCCCUUCCAACCAGAAUGUGUACCAGGUGGACUCCCUACAGUCCACGUGAAAGGCACCACACCUGUCCUUGCUGGGAGUUUCCAAUUCCUUCAGUAGUUUCUCUUGGCAGCACUAGCUGGGCUGCUUUCUUUGUGUGGCCGCAGGUGUCAAAAUGUCACCAGCUGUCUGUAUUAGACAGGGUUACCAAGUGUGGAAUUGGUUAUUUACAAAGAGAGAUUUGCUCCAUUCUCUAUGGAAGAACAGGACAUGCUGCCCGGAUACAGACAGUAGGUUUGCUCUGCACCCAAGUGUACAGCCUACCCUGUGCUGGGACUGGAAUUCAGGACUUCCAGGUACAUAGGGUAGGACCAAAUGGUAGGGUUUAGAAGCAUGUGUUCUGUAGGGCCUUGUAUGGCUGUUUCCUUUUGCAUCUGGAAUUACCUAUAUUGUCUUCAAUGAAGACUGAUUCAACUUUGCAUUUAGUGGAGCCAAAGAGAGAUUUCAGCUCUGUAUUUGUAGUAUCAGUUUGGAAAGGAAAAACUGAUACUCCAUUUGAUUAUUGUAAAUAUUUGAUCUUCAAUCACUUGGCAGUAUUUGGACUGUGUUGUUGUUUUGUUUUUUUUUCCUUUGGGGUUAGAAGAAAUCCAAAGGGAGAAAAGCAGUAUGCCACAUCUUAAGACAAAAUACAGGGGGAAAAAAGGAAUUUUUUUUUUUCUCUUUUCUAAUCCAAAGGGUUACUUGCAAGCAUGCACGACUUAUACCAACCAGUUCUGAGAACAUUUUCAUGGACAUAUUAUCACUAAGAACUUGUUAUGGUGCAGUCUAAAGUUUUUUCACAUAUAUGAAGUCUGAUCAUUGUGAUUUUUUUCUCUUAAUGUAGUUUAACUAUGCCUUACCUUUGUAUAUACUUUGACUUGUGUUGUGUCAAUCAAAAGGGGGGUUAUCUUGGAAAGACACCAAAAUCAUGGGCUCACCUUUUUUUUUUUUAACUUCAGCUGUGCUAAACAGUAUAUUACCUCUGUACAAAAAUUCUUCAGGGAGUGUCAUCUCAAAUGCAAUACUUUGGGUUGGUUCCUUUCCUUUUUAGAAAGAAUUUGUAUAAAACUGGAAGUGUGUGUGUGAGCAUGGGUAUCCAAAUUUGGUAGGUGGGAUGCAUCUGAUUGUGGAUAAGAGAGUUGCUCCAGAUGUUCGUGGUGUAAAGUUUUGAGCUGGAAUUUAUUAUAAGAAUGUAAAACCUUAAAUUAUUAAUAAAUAACUAUUUUGGCUA